AAUCUAGGUAAGGCAUAUCCAAAAUAAAUAUGUAAAGAAGAAAAAUAAAAGUUGUCUUUAUGGAAGCAACUGGUCUUCCUUGGUUGUCCUGAGUUGCAGCUGUCCUAGGAUGAAACAGUUGAAGCUGCUCAAUAAGAAAACCAAGUGCCCUCAGAGCAGGUUUUACAUGGCAGAUACUGUUCGUUCUUGUUGAGAAUCAGUUCAUAACUUUUGACUCUGUUUAGUUCUUGAUUUCCAAUGCUGAGAUGCUGUAUGAUCCUCUGAUCAGUUGGCAAAGGACUAACUUAAAGAAAAAAAAUAGAACACUCCUACCUUGUUAAAAAGCCUGCUGCGACAUCGACCCAGGCCUCAGUUCUUUCUCCCUUACAUCCCUCCUUUAUUACUUACUUGUGCAGAUUUGCCCCUGGGAAGGCAUGUAUUUAAAUUUAGAGGCAAUGUUUGAUAUGAAAUAAUUCAAGCCAAUUUGUUCAUUUGAAGGUGAAACUUGGAACUCCUGCCCAAUUAGCACCAUCCUCUAACCUAGGGAAUUAAAAUACACUAGAAUAGCAACUUUCCAAGUGGUUUUAAACUCUUGCCCUCAUUUCAAAACCAGCUCAUUCUCUUAUUUUGUUGAAAAGCAUAGUGUCACAUGAGACUGCCUUAGAAAUGUUACAAAGUUGGGGUUGGGUGUUUUCUGUUCUUUGGAAAAGAAAGGCCUAAACAGGACCUUCCUCAUCCUCUAAGCUCCAAGGAAGGCAUGAUGAUUGAGAUUAGAGAUGCUUCCUGAGCUGUUUCUUAAUCAAGUGUAAAUUAAAAUAACUUCAAGUACAUAGUAAAAGGAUGGGAGUAAAAAGCUCUAUUUUUUAAAGGAGGUUUUUCACAUAAACUUAGUUUCUUGAACAAAAUGUGAUCUAGACAAUAAAAUUGGGAAGACAAUAGGAGAAACAGCUGUAGAAGCAAAGGCCUGUAUUUAAAUUCUGAGCCUCAUUAUUGGGUGUUGUGCACAUUAUUUAAUUUCUUUAAGCCUCAACUUCUUUUCUAUGUAAGGCAUGAGAAAUAAUAUUUAUCUCAUACAAUUAUUCCCAAGAUCAAAUAAAGGCUUUAAAGCCUUGAGCAGUGAGUGUCUGGCCCAGGGUAGGUGCUUAAUAAGUGGCAGCUUUAUCAAUAAUAAUAAUAAUAAUAAUGCCAGGCCAAAAAAAGAAAAGACAUGGGGAGCACAGGGGCAGGCAAUGAUAAAAUGAACUGAUUAUAUGUGUAUAUAAAGUAGAUUACAUUAGGCAGGGGUAUCAUGAGGAUUAGUGUGAUAGUGACCUUGUUGCUAGGUGCACAAGCAAAACAAUGACAUAAAAACAAGUAUGCAAGGCAGUCAGUGGAGAAGAGAGAGACGGAGGCAGAUGCUGCAGGGAUAAAAACAGGAAGAAAAAAAAUUGAGUAAAAGGGGCCUUUGAUUCCACAGGCACAAAAAUCCACAGCCAGGAAUUUGCUGCAACCUCUGAGUCAGGCGGGGUGUGGGGGUGGGGUACACUAUUCCAUUAGUAGAGAAUUCCCAGUGGAUUUAUUCUGAGAGUCACAUUUCUUACUAGGACCAGUGUAGACAGAAACAAACUCAGCUCACUUAUUUCCUGGGACAGUUGAGUUAGGGGAUGGCCUUUGCAGAGCUUUCACCGUUGACCCCUCACCGCCGGGACCUCUGUAGCCAUUCUAUCUGGCUAGCAAGGAAGAUUCGCUCAGACCUGACUGCUCUUAUGGAAUCUUAUGUGAAGCAUCAAGGCCUGAACGGGAACAUGAGCCUGGACUCCAUGAGCGGUGUGCCAGUGGCAAGCACCGAUCGGUGGAGCGAGCUGACUGAGGCCGAGCGGCUCCAGGAGAACCUCCAAGCUUACCGUACCUUCCAUGCAAUGUUGACCAGGCUUUUAGAAGACCAGCGGGUGCAUUUUACUCCAGCUGAAGGUGACUUCCAUCAAGCAAUACAUACGCUUCUACUCCAAGUGGCUGCCUUUGCUUACCAGCUGGAGGAAUUAAUGGCACUCCUGGAACACAAGAUCCCCCCCAAUGAGUCUGAUGGGAUGCCCAUUAUUGUUGGAGAUGGUGGUCUCUUUGAAAAGAAGCUGUGGGGCCUAAAGGUGCUGCAAGAGCUUUCAAAGUGGACAGUGAGGUCCAUCCAUGAUCUUCGAGUCAUUUCUUCUCGUCAGACUGGGAUCUCAGCACAUGGAAGCAACUAUAUUGCUAACGACAAGAAACUGUAGCAGUUACCCAUCUCUUCUAAUGAAAUAUAUGUAGUUCUCUGAGGCCUCACUUUUCCAUUCUUAAGUUUUUGAAAAUCUUGAAGACCACAGGCAUUUUCAUCAAGUAGGGUUGGAGACAUGGACCAAUGGGCAUACAGGGUUAGUUGGUGGGAAGGUGGGGGAGGGGUGGUUGGGGCCCUAAGGGAGUGCUGGCAGGGGCAACAUUGUUCCACCGCAAUGCUCUAACAUUUUCUUCAUACAAAGUAACCUCUACAGACAUUUAACAGCCGCACAGGAUAAAUACAUUCUUAACUCUAGUCCUAGAAGCCUCUUCUGAAAGGACUAUAACAGGGAAUUAAAAAUCAUGGAUGCUUCAAUUCAAAAUCUUGGAUAAUAAAAAUAGUGACUAACAUUGAUUGAGUAUCUACUAUGUUGAAGCGGUGUGCCAGGGACUUUAUGUAUAUUGUAAUUUUCACAACCCUGUUCAUGGGAGGUGAUGUUAUUCCCACUUGGCAGACGAGAUAACAGGCUCACAGACACAUAACUUGUUCAAGAUGACCCACCCAAGUCUGGCCCACGAGGUUUGAACCCAGAUCUUUCUCAUUUUGAAGCCUGUAUGCCCUUUCAGAGGCCGGCUUGCGGCUCUGUCGCUGCAGCUCUUUGCCACAGAGGGUCGGCAAACGGAUCCAUGUAGUUCAUCACUAGCACUGAAGGAAAGCAACACCCUACAGCAGCCCCACUCAUCCGCAGUUUCCCUUUCCACCAUUUCAGUUGCCCGUGGCCAACCCUGGUACAAAAAUAUUAAAUGCAAAAUUCCAGAAAAAAGUGAUUUCUAAGUCUUAAAUUGCUCACCAUUCUGAGUACGGGGGUGAGCUCUCACGCAGUCCUGCUCCAUCCCGCCCAGGACGUGAAUCAUUCCCUUGGCCAGUGCGGCCGUGCUGCGCACACUGCCCAGCCAUUAGUCGCUCAGCUUCUCAACUGUCCGUAUGGCGUUUAUCAGAGCAUAUUGUCAUGAUUGUUUUAUUCUUAGUUAUUGUUAAUCUCUUCCUGCUAAGAAAAAACAGCGUUCUGUACUGUCUGCAGCUUCAGGCAAACUCGUGGGGGGUCUUGGACUGUAUCCCCAAUGGAUAAAGGGGGACUACUGUACAUGUCCUGAAGGGGCACAAUUUAAUGUCAAAUGCAGUUACUUGUUUGUACUUGGCAAAGAAGAGAGCUGUGGCGAUCUUAAGAUUCUGCUUGUGGAAAAAGAUAAGGCCCGCCAAACUUCUAAAUUUAGGAAGCUGGGAGUGUGUGGUAAUACGUUGCGCUUCAAAGUGUCCACCGAAGUUCCCGAGUUUGGGGUUGGACAUGGCUCAUACCAGGUUACCGUGCAUUUAUUGUAAUCAGCAAUGCUGUGAUACGUCACUGUAACCCAAGCGUUCAUGAGCAAUGGAUGGAGUACUGCUCAGGUUAAAACAUCACAGAACUCCCUCACCAUACAUUCUCUGGAUUUAAUCAUGAGGAGAGGGUGAGGCCCGCUCUGUUCCCGGUGGGAAAGCCACCGAUACUAAAACAACAUACGGCAAAGCCUUCAUGCUUCACAGCAAAGGGGCAGCGCUCUGUGCUCAGUGUCCUCGAAAAACAGUAUGAAAAGUGCCAGCCCAUAAAUGAGAGCAUUAACGGAAACGUUCACUUGCAGCUAUGGACGAGUGCCAAUGUGAAUCCAAAAGUUCUCAGGUGUGUCAUUUCAUACCACCAGCUAAUUAAGACUCAAGACCUUGGAUUGGGGGCCCAAAUCAAUUUUGUUUACUUACUUAAGGCUUUUGUAUUCCUAAAUGAGCCACGAGUCACCGCUCAUAUUUCCAGUCUGGCUCAGAUUGCAUGAGACGGGAUGGGUGGCUUAGCUCGUGUCCUUUCCCACUCAGGUUCAUGUCUGCAACGCCAUAAAGUCAAUAUUAUGAGAAGACUUGGUAGAAACUAGGACAAUACAGAAGAAGUAAGGCCCUGCUCUCUAGUGUGGAAACAAGGUCGUAUGCAUAUAAGAGAUCAAUACUAGGUUGGAAUUAUAAGGCACAGGUUUAAAUGUUACAGAUUUGGAGGAGUGCUACGAGGACCAGGAAGCACCUCUUUCUGGAGGAGGGAGGAGUUGUGUCUCAGUGGCUGGAUGAGCACCAAAUCAAUAGAAAUCAUGAGGGAGACGGGAAAGAGUUGCCUGGUCAGAGGACAGGCAAUAGUAUCCCCAGAAAGCCAGCUUCCCCUAAGGUUUGGAUUUAAUUCAUUUGUAAUUUUGGUGUAGGUGCGUAGUUACCCAGUGAGGGCAUAGAGGUUCAUUUAAUUCAAGCUUUUCUUUAUUUAAAUUGUUUUGUCUGCUUAAGAGCAGGAUUGUUAGUUAAUAAAGUUCUGCUUAUUAAUAGGAUGUUCUUUGUAGUAUUUUAAGCUCUUUUUGUUUAAUGGAGAAAGAUGACGAAAAUUUCUUAAUAGGGAAUAAAUAACUGAUUACAAACGUUAAAUCUCAAAAGCCGUGACCCUUCUCCCAGGGUUUUGUUUCUCUAUUCAGAUGUUGCAGCAACAGAUGCUUGCAGAAGUUUCAGAGGUCAAUGGAGCGUGGCGUAAGCUCUGCAUAGUUGCAUGUGAAGGGAUGUUUAUGCACACGAGGCACAUUUAGGGUGGCAGAGGGUCCAGAAAAGGGGUCAGUACUGACCACUGACUGGGAGGAAAUAAGGUAGG